AUGUUAAAGAAUUUUGAAUUUUUCGCAUUCUUAGUUGUUUCUUUUUCAGGACCAUUAGCAUCUGCCCCUAACAUAAUCCAUACACCGCAUUGCUCAUGGUACUCGGAUGCCUCAUGUAAAGAGUUACGAACAUCGGCAGCACGUGAAGUUCGACGAGCAAUCAUUGGCAGGUGCCCGCAGGAUCUCAGUAACUGUGUCAAUAAGGAGGCCAUUCUUGCUGGACAUACGCGGAGGCCAACGUCAUCCGCAUCCGUUUCGGCUAAUGUUUCGAGCUCCUUCAACCCGCUUAUGCCAUCAUUUGGAACUUCCAUUGCUGAAGUCAGUCAGUCAGUCAGCCAAGUAGUGUUCAUUGCAGGAUUCAACGGUUUACAAGUUGGCGGAAAUUUGCCUUCAUUUCCCUACUCGAAUCCACUGCUCGCGAUGGGUAAUCCGCUGCUCAAUCCGUUGAUGAUGAAUCCGAGUACAGCAGCGCUGGCCACUUUUGCGAAUGCAGCUGCUGCGAACACACCGCAUGCUGCCCCUUCCGCUGCACUUUCAUCGUUAGCCGCUGCAUCCUCAGCAAUGGCCACCAGUAGUGCGCCAGCUGCCCCAGUUGCCAGGCAAUCACCAGCUGUUCAGAUGUCGCAUUCGCCAAAAGCAAACAACAGCAAUCAUGCCACUGUGUCACCAGCAAUACGAUCAACAUCUUCACCUGAUGGUUCAGCUGAUUUGAAAGACGGAACUCCACCAACACAGCAGCAGCAGGUCAAUUCACAGCCUCAUCUGAACACCACCUCAUCAGCUGCUGCCUCACCAUGUAAAAGUCCAGCACCGUCUAAUCUACCUAAGAGAUAUUCGCUACGUUCACCGCAUACAGCGUAG